GGAAUGAACUCGGGGUCGUGAGAACGAGACAUGAGCAAGCGUUCUCAACAGCAGAGACUGUUGUACCUAUUGCUAUUACGCCCGGCUAGAUUCGGAUAGGUCUCAAACAUGUCAAGGGAGCUCAGAAGGAACGGAAAGCCCAGAAGUUGCGAACCGUGCAGGAUCUCGAAGAUCCGGUGUGACCAUGCAACGCCAACAUGCCAAAAAUGUCAAACGCGGGGCAUCACCGAGCAAUGUUUCUACCACCCAAACCCUAUGACAAAGCCCGCCGGUACUCCACGCAAGAAGCCUGAGCCUCGCCGUCGAAAGCUUAGUGUGCAUCCUGGAGGGUCCGAAAGGCUUGCUCCCUUGACGUUGAGCCCACCCACGCUGAGAAACGACCUCGUCAACUCUUGGCCAACACCACCUGAGACAACGGCUAGAGCAGGAUGUCCAAAGCCGACUCAAGAUCCAACACGAGGAUUCUUCCUCGGCUCGACCAGCUAUGCCAGUGUGUUUGUUGAAGAGCAGCCUCUACCGGAUAGUGUGCACGAGCAGCCGUCAGAAAGGACAAGUAGGACGCCUUCCGUAUCUGACAGAACUGUACUUGGAAGCCGCCAUUGUCAGAUCGGUAUAGGCCACUCAAUCGUGACCAAACUUCUGCCGAUCUCGUUCUUCGAGAAGUCUUUCAAUAUGUACUUCGAGCAACAAAAAGCAUCUGCUUUGAUCGGCCCACUUGUCAUAUCUGCUCUGCCGCAAUUGAGGUUAGAUCUGGCACAACUCGCAAACACCGAGAAUGAUGCGGUCGCCAUGUACGCAGAGAUGACGAGGAACACUGCGCGACCGAUGAGAGUGCCUACCAACAUGCGCCCAUCAGAGUUUCAUACAUUAUUCACAGGCAAAAACUUACGAUGGGAAACUCUAGGUCUCAUACUGGCAAUUGUGUGCUCCAAUAUGCAAUUCACCUCACCACACGACCAAAUAUUUACGCUUGACGAUGGAACAAGACUUGACAGAGACGAACUGAUCGAAAACAUGAUCCACGCAUCCAACGACUGCAUACAUCUUUGCCAAAUACACGGGGCUGUUAACGACAUCAUGGUGUGGCUGAUAUACACUAACAUGUUGAUAGUCAGCAAUUUCUACGGAGACAAUUAUCACGGUACAUGGCGACGACUAGGUGACAGUGUGUCGGCUCUCUAUGCCGCAGGUAUGCACUGCGAAGGGGGAUACACCGAGCGAGCAAACACAGAGCCCCUGUUCAUACGCGAAGCGAGGAGAAGAGUCUACUCUGCUGUCUACCGAAUCGACAAAACCCUGGCGAUCUUUUUCGGCCGACCUCCUAUGAUAGGAUGGAGGUACAGCGAUCGAAAACAGUUGCUCGAUGUUAGCGAUGAUGUCAUUGUUUCUGAAGAUCCGGAAGUCAUCAACCAGGCACUGUCGAGGCUGGAUGGGAACGGUUGGAAUACCGACGGCCAUAUACAUCCAUCGACCUGUAUCAGAUUGCGUUGUCAACAUGCAGUUUUUAAGGAGCGAUUAUUGGAGCAGUCGUUGUCCGGAGAGAAGGACAGCGAUGUGGCCCACAACAUGAAAACCAUAUCCGCAGAAUGCACCCUAUUUUGGGAAAGCCUUCCAGUCCACCUCCGCUACGAAAUGUACGACGAAGACUCCGCCUGGCACCGCCUCGGCGCAGGCAUCACAGUCCGCCUCAUCUCCGCCUACCUCGAAUACCUACACACGCACUUCCAGACCCAACGCCUCCUCCAGCGACAGACACAACAAGCGCUCCCAGCCCUCCUCGAUGUCUCCCUCAAGCUCCUCUCAACCGCCCUCGUGUUCACGAAGCCCCUAAACGGCGCCUACGAGACGAGACGACACUUCGCAACAGUCAUAAUGUUCUACUGCUUCCCCGCCGCCGGCGUUCUCGCGCUCGAACUGCGCAAAUCCACAAUCGAAUCCGUCCCGCUCCCAGACACCGUGUUCCGCGCCGACGUGAUCCGCAAUCUCUCAGUCCUUACUUCCUCGCUCGAAUGGCUCAUCCUCCCCGGCGACGGAAACCACAAGCUCUGCACCGAGCUCAACAAGAUGCUCGCCUUAGUCUUGGACGAGGUGCUGAACUACGAGCCGCCCCCGACAGGGAGCAAUUUGGGGAGCGAGGUUAUGGCGCCUGCCACGGGACCGGGGUUCUUUGAUAUUCCGAUGCUGGAUGGGAUGGAGCCUAUUCCGACGCAGGCGGAGGAUUUUUUGACGUGGUUGGAUGGCGCGGCGUGGAAUAAUACGCAGGAUUUGUUUUGAGGAGAUGUGUGGAUGGUGUGGGAUUGUGGUGUAAUGGGGCUUUUAUGCAUUACGUGUUUCCAACGUCUGGGACGCAGACGAGACCUAUAUACUACCCAAAAGCAUACAAAAU